CGUAACCUCCCUACGAACAGACCGUUUGGCAACACUGCCACAGCUGUCAGUGCUGCUUUGUUGACAUCUGACGUGCACCGACAAAGAGGUGAAAUUCAGCUCACGAAACAGCAGCGAAAAAAUACCCAAACCAUCAACACAAUGGAGGACGAAUUUGAGCCGUGCGAACCGACGCUCCAAAACAUCAUCGACCAGGCGUCGCUGAAGUGGGUGUUUGUCGGUGGGAAGGGAGGUGUCGGCAAAACGACCUGCAGCUGCAGCCUGGCCAUCCAGCUGGCCCAGAAGCGCGAAUCCGUACUGAUCAUCUCGACCGAUCCGGCCCACAACAUAUCCGAUGCGUUCGAUCAGAAGUUUACCAAGGUGCCGACGAAGGUGAACGGGUUCGACAAUCUGUUCGCGAUGGAGAUUGACCCGAACGUCGGCAUCAGCGAGCUGCCGGAUGAGUACUUCGAGGACGAAGCGUCGCCGCUGAACGUGGGCAAAGGGAUGCUGCAGGAGGUGAUCGGAACGCUGCCCGGUAUCGAUGAGGCAAUGAGCUACGCGGAAGUGAUGAAGCUGGUGAAAGCGAUGAACUUUUCGGUGGUUGUGUUUGACACAGCACCAACCGGACACACACUACGAUUGCUGUCGUUCCCGCAGGUCGUCGAGAAAGGACUGGGCAAGCUGUUACGACUGAAGAUGAAGCUAGCACCGAUCAUUACACAGAUGGGUUCCCUGUUCGGCGUGCAGGAUUUCAACGGGGACACGAUCGCAAACAAACUGGAAGAGAUGCUCAGUAUCAUCCAACAGGUCAAUGAGCAGUUUCACAAUCCGCAACAAACGACGUUCGUGUGCGUGUGUAUAGCCGAAUUCCUGUCCCUCUACGAAACGGAACGCCUCGUGCAGGAGCUGACCAAGUGUGGCAUCGAUACGCACAACAUCAUCGUCAAUCAGCUGAUGUUCCAGAAAAAGGGCCAACAACCGUGCAGCAUGUGCUCGGCACGGUGCAAGGUGCAGGAAAAGUAUCUCGAUCAGAUAGCGGAUCUGUACGAAGAUUUCCACGUGGUUCGAUUACCGCUGCUGGACGAGGAGGUGCGUGGGGUGGAGAAGGUGAAAAAAUUUUCGCGCAACUUGCUUGUGCCGUACUCGCCUGAUGCUCCCCCAGCGACAGAGUAAUUGCUGCUGGCAAGAGCGACAGACGAAGUAGAAAGAGCGAAAGUGUGUGUGCGGGAGGGUCAUCAUUUGCGUGCGGGUUUAUUUUACGGGGGUUUCUGGAGACACUCGAUUGGUUUCAUUUUAGUCGGGUAUAGUUUUGUAAAAAAAAAACAGGUAAUCGAUUAGAUUUUA